GACUAAAACUCAAAACCCUACUUUCGAAUUAUUGAUCGAAUCAGCUUGAAUGCUAGUCGAAUCAAUUCGGUCACGUACGAGCUCAUGUCCUUAUUGGCUGGUGAGAAUCAUGAAAAGGUGUCAACAUGAGACUUUCUUUUCAUCUUCGCUUCAGUAAGAUUUCUACGGGAAUGAGUGACAGCACUUGCAGCGACGCCAGCCAGCAAAAUGCUGUCACCCUCGGAACCGCAAAGCGAGAAAAGCGAUUGAUUCGAUUGGAUAUUUUGCUCUUGUCGUUGUUUUGGAGGCAAACAUCAAAGCACCCAUCACCCAGCAAACAGCGCUUAGAAAUAUUUGUUUGUGUUGCCUUUUAAUCUAUUCCUUUUGUCCUUAGCCACAGCAGCAGUGUUGCCAUUAUCACAGAGGAUAUAUCAAGGUUGACACCUUUUCCGCGAAACCGUUACCUAACCACCUCUAAAGACCCUAGCUACCACCAAGCAGAACAAACAAGCAGACAUCAGUAGCCUUGGGUAUCUGUAUCCACAGAACAGUGAUCAUUGCAAGCUACGGUACAGCAACAACAGCAGCGACGACCCAUCCAUCCUUUUCAGCAGUUGGCUAUUAGAGUAGACUGGGUACUGUACGUCCGUCGUGUUUCAUCCAUCUCAUGUUGCAAUCGGUUGCUCCUGCAAGCUACUCCCUACGUACUCGUUUAUCAAGACCAGAGCUUCAAGCCGCCAAGGGCCGUCGUGGCAGCACUACUGAAGGUGCGGGAUCUCACGAGAACAACAACGACAAAGACAACAACUUGUCAUCCAUGGCAGAUGCCGACGGAAGAAACAAUCAGGAGCUAGGCUCCGAUGACGAAGGUGAUGGAGGAGGCAAAGGCGGAAAGAGCAAGUCCCGUCGCGAACUACCUGCUGGAGCUGUGCAGACACUCAAGGCGUGGUUGCUCUCGCCAGAACACUUUACUCACCCAUAUCCAACACCUCAAGAUCAAGCCAUGUUGAUGCAAAAGACCGGGAUUGACAAAAAGCAACUCAAGAAUUGGUUCACCAACGCUCGCAGACGAAUAUGGAAACCCAUGCUAAAAAAACAGAUCGAACAGGGAAAGCUUACGACCACGGGGGUGGCAGGAGGUGUUGCCGUGGCGGGGGCUGUACCAGGACUCAUGGUACCCACCAUGCCAGGAGCUGUAGCACCCGGUGGAGCUGCCAUGGACAAUCCGCAUUCUGUGCAAGCCAUGCGAGCUCAUUAUCAGCAAGCCGUGGCACAAGGGCAGCCCCAAGCACCACAACAGCAGGUCACGGUGGAUGCAUACGGCAACCAGGUCUAUGUGCAACCACAGCCCCCUCCAUUGCAGGCUCAACAACUUCAACCGCCCCAGGCCCAGCCGGCGACUGGAACCGAACAAGCUCAAGUCCAGCAGUACUACCUGCCAUCAGCUGCUGAAGCUGCAGCAGCUCCUGGUCCAUCCCCAACCACGUCACCCUUGGCAUCCAUGCAUCAGAGUAACUCGAUCGGGUCUCUUCCUCCCAUGUUAUCGGGCUCUACCGGACAACUGAACAAGACGGAUAGCCAUGCGGUUCUUAUGGAACUGUUUGCCCGUGAUCAGGACUUGGUUCGACAGGCCACAGAGUCAGCUAGGAUGAAAGCAGCUGCCAAGAAGCAAGAUGGCCAGCCCAUGCCACUGCAACCCACCCUCGCGUCCGCUCAACAACCACAACCAGCGCAGUCGCAGCAGAAUCAGCCAUCACAGCAAGUUUCUAGUCAGCAUCCCAUGAAGUCCAACUCACAGUCGCGGCUUGCUAGUGUGCCGUCGCUAAACUCGUGGCCUCACUUCUCGAGCAUUUCCUCUCUCAACAACUUGGGGAACAUGCCUGGUGUCAAGUCGAUCACCAGCAUGAGCGGAGUCGACUUGGCCAAUCAGGGCCAAGUCAACAAAAUGGGCAACCUGGCUCAAGUCAAGAGCAUGGAAUCCAUGGGAAAGAACGACUCGUACGCCUUUUUAGAAGUCUUCUUUGGCGAUCGCAGUCUCAACAGCAUGAACAACAUGGCUGGUAAAGGCGGCCAAGCAGCCGACUCAUCCAAAGGCAGGCGAGAACGGGAAGAGGACAAUGAUGUUGGGUUGUCGUUGGACGAUGAGGGUCCUACGACCACGACUUCGUCGAUUAAACAAGAGAUGGGGGCACCUGCUCCUAUGAGCGCUGCACCACAACCCGCUCCCUUGACUGGUGCAUCGGCAGCCAAGGAUUCAAACGACACGGGCACCCUCAAGCGUGCCUACGACGACGCAUUGGCAGCCCGUGGUUUGAUGUCGGUCAGUCGCAGCAGUGAGAAGCUUACCGACUUGGCAUUGCCCGCAAAGAUGCAGCGAUCGUUGUCGCAGGAGUACAUUCGACAGAAUCAAAACCCAAAUCCUCAGACGUUUGGUCAGUUCUCGUACACUCCUCCUCCGGCACCUGCGCCAUCAACGGACCAACCCCCCAGUAGCAGCGGAAAUGCCGUCAACAAUAGUAGCCAGCAGCAACAGCCACAACCACCACAACAGCAGAGCCAACAGCAAUACGCUGGUCAGCAUCCGGGCGAGCCUGUUCAACAGCAACAACAAAGUCGACAGGACCCUCAGCAGAGACAUUUUCAUUUGGGACACCCAGGAGCCCCUGGAGAGAAGGGCGCUAACACAUCUGUACAGGUACCAGCUGCCACAAAGUGCGCCCUUUGUAACCAAACCAAUGUUGACACGCAGUUGCGUCCUUGUGGACAUAUGUUCCACGAGCACUGUCUAAAACCGACGCUCCAGGCGCACGCGGGACAACCUAAGUGCCCUGUGGACCACACCGCAAUGCAAUCCGCAUUAUUGGCGGUGCCGACGGAUGAUCCUCAGCAAUCAUCGUCCGCGCAGCCAAAACCAUGGAGCAAUCCUACCACCGCUUCCAGCAACCAAGCAGUGUUAUCCUCUGAAAACCGAGGAACGUCCGGCUAGCAACUCUCCCAGCCGCAUAAAUGUAUGUCUUGUUCUUUGUCUACCACCGUAUGUCACGCGUCACGUACUGUAAGGGGGGAAUUGAUCGAAUUUUAACUCAGGGAUUAUGAUAUGUGGGGAGGGGCAGCGUUGGUGGAGGGCGGGUCUCGCCAAUGGUCCCGACCUUGGUGGGGUCUUGCACUCUGGAGAAGAUCAAAUUUUUCCAUGUCGACACCUGAUACUGUACGGUAGACAACACGCCACACACUCAAGUCCUCGCCUCCUCAAGCUAUAAUUCGGAGGCCGCUACCACAACUACUGCAUUAUCAAAAAAAGGAAAACGAAAGAAUGUGAAAAGAAUAGUUCAAUAGACCACUUUGUAAUCGCUAAACUAUGCCGCAGCUAAGGCAUUUUCACUCUCAAAGCACCC